AUGUACUACAAAGGACUCUAUCAUUUGUUCUACCAAUACAAUCCUAAAGGUGCUGUGUGGGGUAACAUUGUGUGGGCCCAUUCAGUAUCAAAAGAUAUGGUCAACUGGAUUCAUCUUGAACACGCAAUCGUUCCAUCGAAACCAUUUGACAAAUACGGAUGUUGGUCAGGAUCCGCUACAAUCUUGCCAGGUAAUAAACCUGUCAUCUUCUACACAGGAAUAGUUGACCCAAAACCUGCACCGGGUCACCAAGUCCAAGUGUAUGCCAUACCCGCAAACUAUUCGGAUCCAUACCUACGAAAAUGGAUCAAACCAGCUGACAACCCUUUCCUCAAACCAACAAGUGAGAACAUUUCAGCUUGGCGUGACCCCACAACUGCAUGGUUCAACAACGGUCAUUGGAAGAUUAUCAUUGGUAGUAGACACAAGCAUCGAGGCAUUGCUUAUUUGUAUAGAAGUCGCGAUUUUGUUACAUGGGUCAAAGCCAAACACCCGUUUCACUCUAAAACGGAUACGGGUAUGUGGGAAUGUCCUGACUUUUAUCCGGUGUCAUCUCAAGGAACAAAUGGACUGGAUACUUCAGCUUUGGGUAAAAAUGUGAAAUAUGUGUUUAAGAAUAGCCUUGAAGUGACUAGGUGUGAAUACUACACCAUUGGUAGAUACGACCUUGAUAUGGAUAGAUAUAUUCCAGAUAACACAUCUAUUGAUGGGUGGGCCGGGUUGAGAUAUGAUUAUGGAAAUUUUUAUGCCUCUAAGUCGUUUUAUGAUCCGAGCAAGAAAAGGAGGAUUGUAUGGGGUUGGGCUAAUGAGUCGAGCACUAGCACUGAAGAUAUAACGAAAGGAUGGGCUGGAAUUCAGUUAAUUCCACGAAAGGUUUGGUUGGAUGAGAGUGGACAUAGUUUGCUACAAUGGCCAAUCAAGGAAUUGGAAAAACUGAGGCAUCAAAAGGUAGAGAUGAGAAACGUGAAAGUUCACAAAGGUGAUACCAUUGAAGUCGAAGGAAUCACUGCAAUCCAGGCGGAUGUGGAUGUUACUUUUACGUUUAAGAAUUUGGAAAAGGCUGAGAUGUACGAUGAAAAAUGGAGGAAAUUUCCACAACAUGAUCUUGGUAAAAGUAUUUGUGGGGUUAGAGGUGCGAUUGUACAUGGUGGGGUUGGGCCAUUUGGCUUAAUGACACUAGCUUCAGAAAACCUUGAAGAGUACACUCCUGUAUUCUUUAGAAUCUUCAAAACUAAAGACAAAAAGUAUAAAGCUCUCAUGUGCUCUGAUGCUACAACGUAA